GCUCGGGAGGAGCCGAUUUUAUCCUUUCUAGAGCAGCCGGAACAUGGUGGCGGCGCGCGCAUGCGCCGUACGCCAACAUGGCGGAAUUGGAGAUUGGGCAGCACUGUGAAGUGGAGGGCUGCGGGCAGCUUGAUUUUCUCCCUUUUGUCUGUGAUGGCUGCUCAGGAGUCUUCUGUCUUCAGCACAGAAGUCGGGCUGAACAUGGUUGUUCUGAGGCUAAUCUAAAAAGUGGGGAGGUGAAACCAGAUCACCACAAAUCUUUCUUGUGCACAUAUAAAGGUUGUGAUGGAAAAGAACUUGUACCUGUGCUGUGCCCUUCCUGUGAAAAGCAGUUUUGCUUUCGUCACCGCCAUGAGCUGGACCACGAAUGUGAAAAAUUGGAAAUCCCUAAACCUCGCAUGGCUGUUACCCAGCAGCUUGUUAAAGAUAUUGUAGAUUCUAAGAAAAAAGCCACAGUGAGUAAAAGAGGCAGAGGAGCAAAGAACAGCGAAACAGCAGCAAAGGUGGCCCUAAUGAAACUGAAAAUGCACGCUUCUGGGGAUAAGUCCUUGGUGCAGACAGAGAGAAUCUACUUCCAAGUGUUUUUACCUAAAGAGAGUAAGGAGAAAAGCAAACCCAUGUUCUUUAGUAGUAACUGGAGCAUUGGUAAAGUGAUAGAUUUUGCAGCUUCCUUAGCAAACCUUAAGAAUGAUAACAACAAAACCACAGCUAAGAAAUUACGACUCUGCCACCCGACAUCUGGAGAAGCUUUGCCUUUGGACGAGACACUAGAAUCUUGGAUAAGCAGCAGAGAAUCCCCACUAAAUAAUGGUGGAAAUGUGAUCUUGGAAUAUCUUGAUAAUGCAGUCCAAUUUCUAGAAAAUGCAACUUCAUAUAUAGAGUAGUCGUGAAAAACACUCUGCAUGUGAUUGUCAGGCCUAACAAAAGACACAGUGUCUGUUUAUAGUUUCAUCAUGUGUUAUUUUUAUCACCUACAUGAAGAAAUUUAAUAAAUUCUGGUUUAUGUCCAUUUCAAAGUAGUCCAAGGAAUUACUCAUAAAUGCAUGCUCCUCAGUUGAUGCCUUUUAGGGCAAUGGGUGAACUAGAGUUUAUGCAAGCCCCCCCCCCCACCGAAUUAAACUACUGAAAUGACUGUAGAUUGUCAAAGGAAUCCUUUAAUUGCAGCUGUUAUGUCACUGGCAGCACGUUGGGAUAUCAAGAUUCUCGCUAAAAGCAAAGAGAAUGUCGUAAGAGUCAGGUUUUCGCACUGGUGCCACAAACAGCUACACACACACACCCAUCCGCCACACAAUCGCCUUUGGCUGCACUCCAAAUGCAGCUGGUGUUUGUCCCGCUCUCCCUCUCAGCUGGCGUCUAAAGACAUAAUCUAUAAGUUCCCGCCCCCAAGAAACAUCAGAACGCGCGAGAGCCAAUAGGACACGUCGGCUUGUGUGGCACGAACCAGCUUGUUAUUAACUCCGGCACAAGCACAGUGAUGGCACCAAAGGGCAACAUCCAGGUUACCCCAGGACUGAGAUUUCGUUUACAAUGGCGCCUGCGCAGUGGGUUCCGUUGAUGCUGUGGUGUGUAAAACUCGCGACACGAGGCACCAGGGGCUUUCACUUCCAGGCGGUGAGCCCCGGGAUUACACACUUGCCUAUUAAAAUAUAUUUAGCUCGGGUAUGUUCGAGGUGGGGU